AUGCCCCACCCCCCCAAUUUCAUCACGCGAUUUGCAAAAACCCAAGAAAUCGCCAGACAAAAACCCCAUUUCCUACUUAAUGCUGCUUUGCAUGAACGGCAUUGCAUAAUCGGGCGAGACAGCCCCAUAGAGACACUCCUGGUCCUUCUCCGUCGACCCUGGUGCGUGCUCGAGAUCUGCGUGAGUAACCGGCACGAGAAGAAUACGGGUGUGCUCGAGGCGAUGCUCACAUUUGCGCGGACUGCGCAGGAAUUUGAUUAUGCCGGAUACAGGACUGCUGUAUUUUUGCUGGAAUAUGAGCUUUUAGCAAGAGCGAGAACGAGGGUGUACUGCCACAGCCAUGCUAUGAAGCAGGGGGAAUGCUUCGGCCGUGCUAAUGCUGAAUCAAAGGGUUACUCUUUCAAUUCAUCCAGAAGAGUGUACGCAAUGUGCAAUACGGUCUUCCUGCCGAGUCUGAUGUCUUUCAACUCGUUCUGGAUCCGUUUGAUUUGCGUAUGCGCGAUUGAGCUUGGGGUCAGCUUUUCGUGCAUGAUCAAUAUGCUAUGCGAUCAGAAGCGGAGCCAGAAGCAGGCGACCAUAUUUUCGCCAGAUCUUGUCAUGCCUGUCGGUGUGCUUCGACAUGCUUGUCGGAGACAGUCGGAAAUCGACAUGGCAUCUUUUUGGAGGAGUAGAGAAAAGGUAGUGGAUGAUCACAUUGACGAGAGCAUCGUGGAGAAGAUGUUAGGGCUGUACAGAGAUGUUCUGAGAAGAACGGGGGACUACAUCUAG